GUUGCUACGGCAGCAAAGGACGGAAACAAAAGCGAACUUUUUCCACAAUCCGACUCGCAAUAUACUCUAUAUACAAGCACAGUACACCAACAAGGCAGGGGGUCAGUGUCGACUUCAUGUGAGCGUGUGCGUGUCAAAGUCGACUUUGACCAUGGGAACAAGUAUCAUGACUCGCGAGGACUGGGAUUCCGGAAACUAGACACCGGAAGGAAAGACGAUUCUCGACCGGGUUUUUCCGGUUGAAUCCGGAUCAUGGCGAUCGACUUGAAUAACGACCACGCCGCACAGAGAAAGAAGGCGAAAAGGAACGAGGAACCGGCGCCGUUUUGGAAACUGUGUCUCCGGUUCGCGUUCUCGCACGUGGGACUGUUCCUGCUUGUUGGGGCUUACGCCACCUUAGGGGCUUAUUUGUUCAUUUCCUUGGAAUUGCCUUUCGAGGAAUAUCGGUACGAAGUGAAGAAGGUCAAGGCUCAGGAUGUGGACGAUUCCAUCAGAUUCCUCGCUGAUCACUUUGAAUAUUUCAACAAGCAAAACUUGACUUCGCCUGAAUGGAAGACCAAAGUCAUCAAUGAUUUGACGAGGCUGAAGAAGUACAUCGUGUCACUCGUCGACGAAUAUCAAUACGACGGUGAUGUCGAGGGCUGGACCUACUCGUGGACCUUUGGAAAGGCUUUGCUGUUCACCAUAUCCAUCAUGACCACCAUUGGAUACGGACACAUUGCUCCAGACACGUUCAAUGGACAGAUUUUCGUCAUCAUUUAUGCCAUCAUCGGGGUACCGUUGAUGUUGAUGUUCCUCGCUAAUAUUGGUGACACGAUGGCAACUUGGCUCAAAUAUACGUACAGUCGUGGAUGCUGUCGCUGGUGCAGAUCAAGAAGGAAAGAAUCAGAAUUGCCACCCGGGAUUCCAAAAAAUUCCCGCGGGUAUCGACUGAUGGAUGAAGAAGUCGGACCCGAAACCUACAUGCCUACCGACGACAUCACGGUUCCCAUUGUGCUGAACUUGGUCAUCCUGUCAUUCUACAUCGUCAUGGGUGGACUGUUGUUCAGUCUCGCCUUGGUCUCCAUGGCAAUUAACUUGAUCCAAGAUCAAGUGGUACAGAAGAUGACUUGGGUAGCAAAGGAAGUCGGCAUCAGUAAUUCGGACGAACCGAGAAUUCCCCUGAGUGAAUUACGUCAACAACCGAGAACGCAGAAUACCUUGAUAAUGGAGACUCCGAAGGAUUUACUCGGAAAGGCGACUCAGCCACGAAGUGCAUCCAAGAGAAGCGGAAAAGAAGGCGAGAGAAAGCCAAGCUCUCAGCAGCAGGAACAACAAUCAGAGAACGCGAAAAAGGCUCGGAAUGCGGAAAGUUCCGACGAUUCGGAUUCUUCAGAUGAAUCCCGACCAGGAUCCGCUGCUUCUCAGAUCACCAAGGCUUAGUCGCUUAUCCAUCAGAACAUUUAGAGAAAAGCGGGAGAGCAGAGAUAGGAAACAAACAAAAAAUGCAGGAAAGAGCAGCAUUGAUACGACGACAUCCAAGACACGUUGUUCUGCGUAUCAGCAGAAACAAGUAGAUUUAUUUCGCGUUUCCGAAGCAAAUUCCAUUGAUUUCUGAGUGCAUGUACUGAUGUGUGUGUGCGCGCGAGGGGCGACGUUCGAAUGAAAGAGAUCCUUUACUGCAGACA